AUGAACUCCCACACGGAAGCCUCCACGGACCUCCCUCGACCGGAGGAAUCGUUGACGACAACGACGACGAACGUCAUUGCCGUCGACGCGGACCGUCCCGUCGUCGAGACACUCGCCGAGUCGGCAACGGAAAUACACUCCAACGACGACGAUGAAAGAGCAUCUCUCAACGUUGUUCCGUCCCCACGACGCCGCAUCGUACGACGUCGGGUGCCGAUUCGUGAGCCCAGUCCGGGCGUUCCGCCGACGGCGCACGGAAGCCACGCGGCAGGGAACGUAUUCCGCAUUCGCGUGCACUCCAACAACAACGAUAACAACAAUCGACACACGGUUAGUGUGGCAUGGGCUUCCGCACAAUCUCCGUCUUUGACAACGACGUCGUCGAAUGGUGUGAUCGCGAGUGGUGGAUCGCACGGAGACGCUCCGGAAGGGACAGCAAACGAAAACGCACCAGCCUCCCUUUCCAGCUCGAUACGUCCCUCGCGACUAUCCACUGCCACAGGAAUCGGACGUGCCGUUCCCGUACAACCCACCACAACCACGACAACGACAGCAACUCCACCUACUUCAACUCCACAACAACAGCGACAACAAUUUCACAUACGCAUUGGAUCGGAACACUUCAACCGUCUCCGACAAAGCCACCGUCGACAGCUCCGCGUGCAACCUCCCGACAGCCUUCCGCUAGCCGGAAUUGCUCCGGGGUACGACGCGACUUUACACGUCACCAUCCCGUCACUCGAGCCACAGAUCUUACCCGAUGCCAAGCAGCUUUGCCGAGACAUUCCGGCGGAUGGCAACGACAGCCUCGAACGCUUCCGUUGCGAUAUUUGUACCGAAUUUCUGCAAACACCCACUACCUGCGGACGCUGUACGGGAAGAUUCUGCCACGCAUGCCUGGAACGUGCACUCGCCCGCUCGUCGCUCACAGUCAACGGCAGUGACGAAGACACCGGGUCCUGUCCUACCUGUCGGGACCCGGUCCCCGCCAACGUCCUGCUCCAAACCGACACUGCCCUGCAGCAGGCAAUGCAACAAGCUCCGCUUUUACCCUGUCGCUACCAAGGGUGUACGGAACAACUCGCACUUGCCCAAGUAGCAGUCCACGAGGCGUCCUGUCCUCACGUGCGGUGUUCCUGCCGCUUCGUGGACUGGGGUUGCGACUGGACUGGGACCCGUCGCGAUCUACCGCAACACGAACUCUCUUGCGACCUGGCCAAGGUGGAUACACUCAUCCAACGUCACCGCAUACUGCAAGCCGAAUAUCGAGUGCGUGUCGAAGGACUGGAGACGCAGUUGCAAGCCGUGGGUCAUGAACUGGGCAUUCAACGCCAGUAUGUACGCCAAUCGCGACAACUCUCUCUUUAUAACCCGCUGGACGUGUACCGCUUGUGUGUGACCAUUUUGUGUGCCACUCCCCAGUUUAUGGCCACCAAGGAUUGGUGGGCAACACUCUACAAUCCCGCAGAAAAGCACACCGCGAUCAACAACCUCCUCACCCUGCUCCCGACCUCUUUGGUCACAUUGCGAACGGUGUGGGAUUGUUUCCGUGUGCAAGAGCGCCUUCUAUGGGGUAUUACGGAGGAUCACAUCUUGCCUCCAAUCCAUCCAGACCUUGACGUGCUGGAUGUGGCUUUAGUGCUUGUCCUCGUUGGUCUCUUGGCAUGUCUUAUGGUCAUGUGCUUGUAUCUCGACCAAGAAUCGAGCCAGCGUUGGAAAGUACACAAUUUUCCUAAUUUGGUCCCAUUCCCAGUGUUUGGUGCGCUCUUUACCGUCUCGUUGAUUGUACUGUACAGUGUGGUGAUUGACUUUUACGGAGGGGGACUCUACGCGAGCUUUUUGUGGCUGCGAAUCGUCGUGGCGACGCUACUGUUUCCAGCAAUUGUAAGUUCGUGUUUGCUAUCCGCAGCGCAAACUCCGCUCUUCGGCACUGGACGAGUCUACAAGCCGCUUCUGGUUGGUCUGCUGUUCGGGUUCACCUUUUCUUUCUUUGGAUUCCAAACAACCGGGGAUGCCCUGGCUAUUCUCCAACUGGUCUUGCACUGGAAGGUUGCCGAACGCUGGAUUGCUGGAAGUGGUGUUUUGACGCCGUUGCCAGUGGGACUGUCUUGUCUGUAUCUAUCACUACGGGUCGGACAGUGGAAGUUUCACGAAGGCACCACCUGGAUGUGGCUAUUGGCGACUUUAUCGAUUCUGUCCAAUUUGGCACUCGUCUUCAAUCUACCUUACCUGGGACAGGCAAUCAGUGAGUCAUUGAUGCGUGGAGCCCAAGCAUCCCUCACUGCCGGCCCUUCGCGACAGCCCGAUGGCAGUCCAAUAGGAUGCGCCGUGGCGAUAGCCUGGGGUAUGACGCUCCUGUCAAUUGCUGUUUCCUUUUGACUGUGAAUACGCAAUGAAUCCGUGGCUGGUCUUUGCAGUGUCGUCCUGGCGGUGAGCUUUACCAACCCAGUCAUACUACACAGUAGGAACCCAACAUUGACUAGCCAACCACACGUAAAACCACUAUAUUUUUUGUGCUUACUA